UACAUUUUAUUUUGGUAGUGGGCGGAAAUGAUUCCAGUUUCUCUUCCGGGGUGAAGAGUCACUGUCCGGGAGGAAGAUGGCGGCACCGGACGAGUUGUUUUGCUGGGAAGGAGACUGGGGUUUACCGUCCGUCAGCACCGACUGCCUGGUGGUCCUGGCCUACGCUCAGUUCGCAGGAGCUCCCCUCAAACUCCAUAAGAUGUCCAACCCCUGGCGGAGUCCUGGCGGUUCACUUCCUGCUCUGAGGACCAAUCAGAAAGACACUCUGACCAGACCCUCUGACAUCAUCAUACACCUCAGGAAACAGAAGUACAACGCGGACUACGACCUGUCGGCCAAAGAAAGCGCAGACAGUCUGGCCUUCAUCUCUCUGAUGGAGGAGAAACUGGCGCCUGCCCUGAUCUACACUUUCUGGGUCGAACCGAAGAACUACGUGGACGUGACUCGCCGCUGGUACGCCGAGCACAUGCCAUUCCCUCUGAACUUCUUCCUGCCGGGACGAAUGCAGCGGCAGCAGCUGGAAAAACUGCGCCUGCUGCGAGGAGACGAGCUCCUGGAGUCCGGAGAUGAGCUGGAGAAGGAGUUGUACCGUGACGCUGCCGAGUGUCUGAACCUUCUGUCCCAGAGACUCGGCUCAAGCAAGUUCUUCUUUGGAGACUCGCCGUCGUCUCUGGACGCAUACGUGUUCGGUCACUUGGCUCCGAUCCUGAAAUCCAAACUGCCCAACGGGAAACUCCAGCAGCAUCUGAAGUCUCUGGAGAACCUGAGCAGCUUCUGCACCAACAUCCUGCUGCUCUACUUCCCCCGAGACGACCGAGAGAGCUCCAGUCAGCAGCCGGCGUCUCAGCCCGAAGGCGGAGACUUCGACCACGUCCCCAACAAGCGGAGGAAGCAGUUCCUGUCGGCUCUGGCGGCGCUGGGCGCCAUGCUGAGCUACGCCCUCCUGACCGGCAUGGUGUCCAUCCAGCACGUCCAGCAGGAGGCGCUGGAGGAGCCGCCAGACCUGCGGACCAUCGGGUCUCACGAGGAGGACGGAGACGACUGAGCGUCACGAUGGACGAGAUGCUGGUUUCUGAACAUAAAUGAAUUAAAGAUGAAUCUGUUUUUUUAAAGAUG